AUGGCCAUCUCACAGACAUCGCUGUACGUGGCCGUCGUCGCGAUUGCAGGACUGUUCUACAAGCUCCUGCAAGUCGGACGACGACCAAAGGGCAUGCCGCCCGGGCCCCCGACGCUGCCCAUCGUCGGAAAUCUGCAUCAACUGCCCAAGGAGAACCUGCACGUCAAGCUGCGCGAAUGGGCUCAACAGUACGGCGAGAUCUACUCGAUCAUGCUCGGCAACCAGCGAAUGGUGGUCCUCAACUCGCCCCGCGUCGUCAAGGACCUGAUCGACCAGCGCUCCAACAACUACUCGUCCAGACCGGAGAUGUACGUCGGCCAGACGCUCAUUUCGGGCGGAUAUCGCUUGGUCCUGAUGCAGUACGACGAGGGAUGGCGGUUGGCCCGGAAGAUGAUUCACAACCUGCUCAACAUCAAGACCGCCGUCGACUACAUCCCAUUCCAGGAGCUGGAAUUGCGCCAGAUGCUCGCCGACAUGGUGAAGCGCCCGGACAAGUACCAUGACCACGUGCGUCGGUAUAGCACGUCGCUGGUGACCAGUAUCACUUUUGGCUGGAGGAGUCUGGCAUUCAAUGAUCCUGAUGUCAAGCAAAUUUAUGAGGGCUUUGAGGAAUUCGCCGUAGCCUCGCAAGUGUCGGCGUCGAUGCUGGAUUACUUCCCGAUCCUGCGCAACUUGCCGGACUUCAUGAACCCGAGCAAGAAGAGGGGCAAACAGCUUCACAAGGAGGAAAUCGCCCUGUACAAGCAGUACAUGCUCAAGGUCAAGCAGCGGAGCGAAAAGGGUAUCGUUGCAAAGAACUUUUGCGACGACAUGUUCAAGCAGCAGAAGAAGAUUGGAUUUUCCGACGACUGGGCCAGCUAUGUCAGCGGCACGCUCCUGGAAGCCGGCUCCGAUACGACGGCGUCCAUCUUCUUGUCCUUUGCCGUGGCCAUGAUCAACUUUCCCGAGGUCCAGAAGAAGGCCCAGGCCGAAAUCGACAGGGUCAUUGGAGCAGAUCGUCUCCCAGCCAUGUCCGACGAGAUGGACCUGCAAUACAUUCGAGGCGUCGUCAAAGAGUCUCUGCGUUUCCUGCCGUCCAGUAUCCUGGGAAUCGUGCCGCACGCCACCACCAACGCCGACACCUACCGCGACUACCAUUUCCCAGCAAAGACAGGCAUGAUGAUCAACGUGUGGGCUUUGAACAACGACCCGGAGCGCUAUCCCAAUCCCCGAAACUUCGAUCCGGACCGGUACAAGAACGAUUUUCUCCGGGCCCAGGAGAGCGCGACCCUCAACGACCCUUACCAGCGAGACCACUUCACCUUUGGGGCCGGCCGACGAGUCUGCCCGGGCCUCAACAUCGCAGAGCGCUCGCUGUUCCUGGGCAUCGCGUAUAUUCUGUGGGCCUUUACGCUGGAGCACGCCGUCGACGACAACGGCGAGAACAUCCCAGUCAGCCCGGACGCCGUCACCCAGGGCAUCGUGUGCCGACCGCGGCCGUUCGAGUACAGGCUCGUCGAGAGGGACCCGAAGCGCACCGCAAUGGUGAUCAAGGCUUGGGACAACGCGAAGGACCUUCUCGCGAGAUACCCUGAAGGCAUCCGAAGCACACAGUACGCCAAUGAUUGGAAGGCAUUCAAGGAGAGCGAAAAGUUUUAG